AUGGCCGGCGCUAUGGACCGGGCGAAGAAGGAGCUCCCGAAGGUGCGGGACGAGUACCGCGAGGGCAUGUUUGGCACUGUCUUCUCCGUCUCCGGCCCCGUCGUCAUCGGCGAGAACAUGCGUGGAUGUGCCAUGUACGAGCUUGUGCGCGUUGGUCACGACGAGCUGGUCGGUGAGGUCAUUCGUAUCGAGGCGGAUCGCGCAACAAUCCAGGUCUAUGAGGAGACUUCUGGUGUGACGGUCGGUGACCCCGUCCUGCGUACCGGCAAGCCGCUCUCGGUCGAGCUCGGCCCCGGUCUUAUGACCAACAUCUACGACGGUAUCCAGCGGCCCCUCAAGAAGAUUCAGGAGAAGUCGCAGUCGAUCUACAUCCCCCGUGGCAUCAACACCCAGGCGCUCGACAGGCAGAUCAAGUGGGACUUUACCCCAGCCAAGUAUGGCGUCGGAGACCACCUCUCGGGCGGUGACAUCUUCGGCUCGGUGUACGAGAACUCGCUUGUGGACAACCACAAGAUCAUGCUUCCUCCCCGCGCCAUGGGUACGAUCACCCGCAUUGCCGAGAAGGGCAGCUACACUGUCGAGGACGUCGUCCUCGAGACCGAGUUCCAGGGCAAGACGACGCAGCACACGAUGAUGCAGCUCUGGCCCGUUCGUGCGCCCCGUCCCGUCGCCGAGAAGCAGACGGCCACCUACCCCCUCUUCACUGGCCAGCGCGUCCUUGACGCCCUCUUCCCGUCGGUCCAGGGCGGAACCACUGCCAUCCCCGGCGCAUUCGGCUGUGGCAAGACUGUCAUUUCGCAGGCCCUCUCCAAGUUCUCCAACUCGGACAUUAUCAUCUACGUCGGAUGUGGCGAGCGUGGUAACGAGAUGGCUGAGGUUUUGGCCGACUUCCCCGAGCUCACGCUCGAGCGCGACGGCCGUGAGGAGCCCAUUAUGAAGCGUACUGCGCUUGUGGCCAACACGUCGAACAUGCCUGUCGCCGCGCGUGAGGCGUCCAUCUACACUGGUAUCACUCUGUCCGAGUACUUCCGUGACCAGGGCACCAACGUCUCCAUGAUGGCCGACUCGUCGUCGCGCUGGGCCGAGGCUCUGCGUGAGAUUUCCGGCCGUCUCGCAGAGAUGCCUGCCGACUCGGGUUACCCUGCCUACCUCGGUGCCAAGCUUGCCGGCUUCUACGAGCGUGCAGGCAACGUUACGUGUCUGGGCUCGCCUGACCGUUCGGGUACCGUGUCCAUCGUCGGUGCCGUCUCGCCGCCCGGUGGUGACUUCUCGGACCCGGUCACGUCGGCCACUCUGGGUAUUGUGCAGGUCUUCUGGGGUCUCUCGAAGGCGCUUGCGCAGCGCAAGCACUUCCCGUCGGUUGACUGGAACGUCUCGUACUCCAAGUACCUGAACGUCCUCGACCCCCACUAUGAGAAGCACAACCCUGGCUUUGUCGAGAUGCGCACCAAGGCCAAGGAGAUUCUGCAGAAGGACAAGGACCUGGCGGAGAUUGUGCAACUUGUCGGCAAGUCUGCUCUGGGAGAGAACGACAAGAUCACGCUCGAGGUUGCCCGCAUGCUCAAGGACGACUUCCUCCAGCAGAACGGUAUCUCCGAGUACGACCGCUUCUGCCCGUUCUACAAGACGGCGGGCAUGCUCAAGAACUUUAUGGCGUUCAACGACGCCGCGCAGAAGGCGGUCGAGGGUGGCGAGCUGACGUUCUCCAAGAUCCGCGAUUCGGCGGCCGACGUCAUGCACAAGCUGUCGCAGCAGAAGUUUGAGUCGCCCAACACGCAGACCGAGCAGGACAUUACGGCCAAGUUUGACCAGCUCAACAACGAGAUCCAGGAAACGUUCAGGCGUAUGCAGGAGUAG